GGAAGUGCGAGCUGCGGUUUACAGCAGCACAUGGCAGUUCACUUCCUUAGAAAGAUCCGCUUCCUGAAACACUACAUUAUCUUGAUCUAGCAGGAGUAUCCAUGGUUGCACUCAUAUUGUCAUGCUGCUGAGAAUGACGCUGUCGGUAUGGAAUCACCGGUCUACUAUCACAGCAUUCCUUUUGCUGUGCUACUUUGGGACAGUUUAUGUCUACUUUGCAGAUGGCUUUGUUUUGCAGCUUACAGAGGAGUGCCUUUUCAGUUAUGCACAGGAAAUGGGAGAUGUGGAAUUCACUUAUGUAUUUGCAUUUAAUAAGCAGAAGAUUCUGUUCUACAACCAAACAGCUAAGAGGUUCUUGCAGCCACAGCCCAAUAUGGGUUAUAAAGUUAUAAAUAACUUGCAAUUUAUGCUGAAUAAAAACAAAAUUUUUUUGAAAUGGUUAAACACUGCUGUUGAUACCAUCUGUCGAAAUAACAUGAUCGAACACUGGAACCAGACAGCAGGGAGAACAGCAAAGCCUUCGGUCACAAUAGAAUACCUCAUUCCACAAAGCUCUGCCUUCUCCACAAGGCUUGUCUGUCAUGCAAAUGGCUUUUACCCAGGGGAGAUUAUUCUUACGUGGUUCAGAAAUGGUGAGGAAUACCCAGAUGCCACCACCACUGCUAUACUGCCAAAUGGAGAUUGGACCUACCAGGUGAAAAGCUAUGUGGAGUUCACGCCACACAUGAUGGAUGAGUACAUGUGUGCAGUUAAACAUAUCAGCUCAGAUGCUUCACUGAUAGUGAAGUGGGAUCCUCGAAUGGACAUUUUCAAGCAUUACUUCAGUAUCAUUGCCACAGUCGUUUUUAUCAUAGGGAUUCUGUCUUGUUUUGCUGGACUAAUAUUCUGGAGGUCAGGAUUUUCAAGUUAUGGAUAUCAGCCGCUCAAGACAAACUUAGAAACCUAGAGGUACCUUCUUGCUGGUUGGGAAGAAAUAAUUGAUAGAGGCUUGAAAACACCAAACGAUGCUGUUACUCAUCUGAGUCACAGUUUCAGGUUCCACCAAAAACUCCCACUGUGUGGCUUUCAUUUCUUGUUUGCAUUGUGCAAUUUUGUUUAAGCAAAGUUUUCAGCAGUAUAAACAGUUACUGCAUUGUUUUCAGUGGUGAGGAAUAGCAUCAUCAGGUUGUCAAACUGUUUGUUUACAGACGUUAGGGCCAAGAUUUAUAACCAGACAUACAACACACACAUCACUUUCUUUUCACAUAUUUUGUUGUGUUAUGACCACACUACUGCUUGUCCCAUCUGGUGGUCAUAUAUAAUAUUUAAAUGAAGCAGAAAAAUUGAAAUAAGCAGUAAUACAGGGCACCUAGAAAUUUCCUCACUUGCUGCCUUAUUUUCCUGUUAGCUGUGCUAGAAUAUGUUUAGCCAAGAAACUACAUUUUUAUUUGGCUAGAAGCAGCUCAAGUUAGCAAAGAAUGAAAAUCAUUUUCCAUUAGCACUAUUUAAUAAACCUGGUGUUUUGUGAAGCUUUCACUACAAUUCUUAAUGGUUUAACAUCUACAUCAAAAUUACAAUACAAUUACCGCCAGAUUAUAACUUCGAUGGUACUCUCACGUGAAGGGUUAUAGAUAGGAUGGAAAAUCAGAUUUGCCUUUUUCACUUCAUACAUGAAUGGGGGCAACCAUACAGAGAAGUAAAAAAUGAAAAGCAUAUUCUGCACCUGAUACCUACUAUACAGAACCUGAUGAACAACUCUAUGUUUAGUUAGUAGAUUUCCCAGUAAUACACUAAUACUUUGCUAAAGGUCAGUGCAUCAUCAAAAUAAACAUACAAAACCUUAGAAAUUUGUGUCUGAAUCCAAAAUCUCUAAUAGAAUGGAUAGCAGCUCUAAGCAAUUCACUUUUGAUGGACCAUGCAUGUUAUUUAAAUUACAUAAAAUAGGAUAUUCUUAGGGUUUUGGUUAGGCGAAGGACUACUUAAAGCUAAAAGCUUCCAGGAUAUGUAGAGUCUCUAUCAGUACUAUGUGCUUGCACAUGAAAUACUGAUAAUUCCUACAAAUAAAAUGCAUAUAACCUUUUUGUUCUUGGUGGAAAUUAGUCCAUAUUUACUCUAUGUACAUAGCUCAACAUAUAAUUAUAACUUAACCCGUUUCUUUUUUAAGGAGAGGGUGAAAAGUAAUGGGGACAGCAUGUUUGCUGAUUUGCUGGAUGUCAGUAUUUUGUUUAAGUUUUCCAAAGUGACUUGUGUUUAUAAAAAUGCUAGAAGGAAGCUUGGGUAUUAGCUUGAAAGCAAAUGUUUCAAGUUAGACUUUAGAAAAUUGUAUUUCACAGAUAGGGCUGUUGGUACAUAGGAUUUACUUGCUGAGAAAGUGGUAAAGGUUUUGUGGUCAGAGCAGUCAAAGUUGGUUGUAGCAGAGCAAGGAAGUGCAGGUGCAUUGCAGGUUAACCAGAACAAUUAGAAUGGCUUGGAAGACUAUGGCUAUUCUAUUUGAUAUCUUCAUAUAUUAUGUAGAACCCAUCUUAAGGUUUUAAGUUACAUUACAAAUGAAACAUGUUAACUGUCAAGAGACAAAUGUUAAUCUGAUUGCAUGAAAAGAUAUAUGCACAGUCAAUCUCGACUUUACGACUUUGGAAUUACAGGAAUGAGACUUUUUCCCAGUUACAAGAGUAGCUAGAAAGCAGGCCCAUAAUUCUAACAAAUAGAUAAAUAAAUAAAUACAGAGAAGAUCGUUGUUUUGAUAUCAGCCAUUACCCUUCUUGGUCAUCUGGCAGUGUGAUGGCAAGUGGGUCAUAGAAAAGUCAUAAAUAGUCUCUGAAAUGGGUGAAACAUCAGAAUGGAACAGGUUGUCCUACAUUUAUUCAGACUAGGCCUUUAGGAUACUUUGAAUACUCCAGGUGCCCUGUUGGCAGGGAUGGAUGCAGUAUAUUGUAUCAUUUAGCGAGACGCAUCAUCCCAUUAGCCAGUCAAUGGCUUGAAAAGCACAACUGAUCCAUGAGGUUAAUUUUGCAUAACUUUUAGCUCAGUCACCUGAUGGGGCCAUAUAACCUUUGAUGAUUUGCACUUCAGCCACAAAGAUGAAAUAACUAUAAUAACAAUCAUGAAAACAAUGGCAGAAGCCAGGUCCUCUGCUUUUCAAACAUUUACAGUAGUAGAUGAGCUGACUCUAUCUUGCCUAAAUUGUCAUUUACUUACUGAACAUAAUAAUAAUACUCAUUAUAUAAAAAUAUUGGCAUAAAGGCAUCUCUAAGGAUAGAUUGCAAAAGCAUAUGUUGGGUACUUACUUUUCCCAUAUCCAAGAGGGACAUUGAUGCUAAACCAGGGGUGAAUUUGUGAUUACCCAUCUAUUGAGCCAAGUUAGAUUUAAAUAGGGUAGGAGACAUACUCUGCUUUAUGUGGAAGGGAAGCCAGUUCUAUAGAAGUUAUAUAGUCUGUAAUACAUACCUAUCUCCUCCAGCAUGUUCUGUUAAUCUUGCAAAAGAGACUGUAGUCCCUUGAGUAUGUGUUUUUGAUGCCACUGAACUUCUGAAUGUUUAGUAGGUCUGACAGAACAGGUUCUGUUGAGGCUCUAUUCAUGAGGCAAAGGUUGCAUCUCAUCAGCCUGCAUGACAGUAAGAAGAGAGACAAGGUUUUGAGGUAGUCUGCAUUCUUUUGACAAUAUAUGUCCUUGAUUUAUUUUUUAAGUGAGGCUUGAGUUUUUGUUUACUGAGGAAGCACUUUGGUCAUCCCUGAUGUGACAAGUGUUUGGAUGAGUACUUACUGAAUGGUCAUUAUAAUCAAUAGCUGGCCUAACAAGAGCCAAGUACAAAGGAACAAUUACAUCCCUAGAUCUGGGCACUGUAUUCUUUGAUAUAAGCUGUGCAAGGAAAAAAAAAAAAAAAAAAAAAAAGACUUCUUUGCACUAGUGAAUAUGUGUCGAUCAAAGGACAAUUCAUUGUCAACAUAGGUUUUCAGAUUUCUAAAUAUGGGUCAGUUUUCAGGGAGACUUGUCAAUGCGGUAGUUACAAAGGGAGUCAUGUUUGCCAAAAGAUGUGAUUAGACAUUUCUUGACAUUUACUCUCAGUCCAUGUCUUUGGCAAAAAUUAUUUGUUUGGGACAGACCCUCCUGUAGGAUCAUGUAUUCUUGGGGGAGAUUAUGAUGGAACCAAGUCUGCAGUCAUCUGCAGACCUGGUCAGCCACUAUCCCUUAACAUUAGCUUUGAUGUCUGAAAAGUAAAUGCCAAAGAGAAGUGCCCAUGGACUGAACCUUGGAGAAAUUCACCAGUGAUAGGCCUUUUGGAGGAGGCAGCGCUGCCCACCUUCACUCCUUGUGUUUCAUUUGAGCCAGUUUGCUAUCCAGCAAGUUACACAAGGGUUAUGUAGGGGAUAAUGUUAAGGCAUAAUAAAAGAGUUUACUUACAGAAGAAAUUAAUUUAUUCCCGGAUUCAUCCAGUAGUUAACAUUUUUAUCCCACAAUAAAGACUUCAUUAGACUGAAAUGAAACAGUUCACAGUGCACAUAAAUAGAAGUCCUUCUAAUCAUGUGAUUACUGUUUGAGCUUUUUUUUUUUUUUGAUAAGCCAUAAAAGUUUCCAUAUCAUUUAACCUAGAGAAAGUACAAGCAUUUAAUUUAAGUUGCCAGCUGUAUUCUUUCCAAACCAAAUAAUUCUCGAUGCUCAUCUGUACUCAGAAUUUUUAACUUCAUUAACUGCAUUAACUGGUAUGAAGAACGAGUAAACUGUAAAAAAAUAACAAAAACAGGCAACCUUGAGUCCAGGAAGCAAGCUUAUAAACAGAAAUAAGCCAAGAACCAAAACUUCUCCUUUUAACGCGUAAAUUUAAUAUCACAUAAAACAAGCGUUUUCGCCGUGACUCCUGUCACAGCUUCAUCAGAAAGAAACAAUUAAGACAGCUAAAAAACGCCUAUUUAAAUAAUAAAACAGGAAGUGAACAAAUAAUUACAUUUCCUGCAGAAGCUCAUUAUACAGGUUUGAUAUAAACCUAACAAAUCAUCACCUCACUUCGUGGCAUA